AACUAGUCUGCUCACCAGUAGGAGGUGCAUUUGAAGUAUGUUAGGUCGAGUAAACAUUAGUGUUUAAUGAAUGACAAAGGGCGCUUAGUUCUAAUUUAUAAUGGUCACAGUUUGAAAUGUGAUACCAUUAAUAAAAUACUAUUGAAUAAGGAGAUAUUUGUUCAUGCUUGUGGAUUGUUGGGUUGGUAAACAUAUCAACGGUGUCAAACUGUUCUGGUAUGCUGCAUUUGUGUUUGGAUUUUCUAUUCAAUACCACCUAAGUAUUGAUACUCAUGAGGCAUUGAUUGUGAUAUGCAGUUGCCACGGAAACCAGAUGUGUGAUGACAGAGGUCAAAGUGAAUGGAAUACAGAGUAGUGAACAUUUGCCACACACAUCCUCGGAGGUACAAACUGCAGACACCAAGACACCUCACAUCAUCAAAGACACCACAACAACACAUCCUGAGACAUCCCAAACACUUUGUAGUUCAGACCAGGCCAAGCCAGAGGCAUCAGGAUGUAGCACGGUGGGUCACGGCCUGAGGGAGGGGCGCAAGGUUCUGCCCCCUAUCCCAGACCCAGCAACGGAGGCAGAGAUGACAGCCAGUCUCCAUAGCAACACCAAGGUGCUGCCAGGUGGCAGCGGAGAGGGCCAGAUCAAGCUGGAGUACACACUCAUGAAUGAGUAUAACAUGCUCCACAAACAGAAGUUACCAGGCAUCUACGUGAUACCAUCUGCAUUGUCUCCCCUGAUCUGGAAUGGGGUGCUGUUCCUGCGGCAGGGACUCUACCAGGACGCUGUGUUCAGAUUCAACCUCAACAUUCCCGAGGCGUACCCAAACGCAGACUGUCCGAGGGUAUUUUUUGAGUUUCCUGUCUUUCAUCCGGCUGUCAACCCUAAAACUGGUGAACUUGAUGUGAAACGAGAGUUCAAGAAAUGGAGACGCGGCACCAACUUUCUGUGGCAGGUGCUCAUGUAUGUGCGACGAGUCUUCUUCAAGAUUGAUCCCAAGUGUUCCUGGAAUGAGGAGGCGGCAGAAUUGUAUGAACACAACAUGGAAGAGUAUAGGAAGAAGGUGGAGACCACUGUACGCAGCAGCAAGGACGUGCUGUACAACCCUAUAGAGUCUAAGGAUUCUCACAUGAUCAGGUUCUCUCCGUGGGAGCCCAGCAUUCACGACGAGGCCAAGACAGACAUGCUCACUCGCAAGAAAAACCGAAGUGACCUGGAGCUGGAGCCUCAUAAGAGGAACGGACUAUCCUGGGUAAGCCCCGGCACGACCCAGAUAUUCUCCAGCGAUGAAUCAACAAGUUCGCUCAGCUAACGAAAGCCACAACCUGCCUUAGUAUUGUUCAACGUUGCUCACCGGACGAUUUCAUGCUUAAGAGUUUCUGACCUCACAGGUUGUUGUUGUUAUCAAUGUGACAUUUUGACAUAAGUGCCAUUCGGUGACACGUGAAUGGUAGCCAGUGAAUAUUGGGUAAAAUGAAUCGAAUGACCUUCCACGGAUGGAUAUUGGAUUGUAAUGAAGCAGCAGUGCUAAUAUUGAGUGUCAUUGAGGAAAGUAUUAAACUGCAAUGUUGUGUAUUUUUGUGCAUGUGCGCAGUGUUAUUGACGAUUAAAUACCCAUUUAGGAGACAGUGCAGUGUUAUGAUGCUUUCACUACAGAUGUGUGCUAUGUGAUAGACAGCAAACACAUGUUUUGGUGAUAUUUUACUGAUGUUUCAUAAUAAACAAUGAAGAUUUGUGCUAUUCUAUAUAAAUAUAUAUAUAUUCUUUGUAAUUAAUAAUUACAUGAACAAAGCCAGUAUUGUUGUGAAAAAGAGGCAGAGCUGGAAUGUAAUUGAUGGGCAUAUAUAUACAUGUAUAUAAGAUGUUUGAAUCCUUUAUCUUUAAGCAUAUCAUAUUUCAAGAACUAUGCAGAAUUUGCCUCUCUCAAAAAAUCAUUACUCAUAUUCAGAAUUAUAUUUAUAGCUUUGAGAAUGCCUUCAAGUAAUUUUGUUUUUAUUUAUACAAAUACAAUUUGUUAAAAUAAUUGACUUUUUUGUAAAGGGCUUUUAUCUGGUUGAAGCCUUCAUUCGGAAAACAACGAAAUCCAUAGAUAGCUUAUGCUUAGUUUGGCACUGGUGUCUUCAUGUUUAGGUGUAUAAAUGUUUAUGAUGUAAAUUUGAUAAAAGCUAUUAUUGUGGACUUCUUAUUUAUAUAACAAACAAGAUAACUGUUUGUAGAAAAUUAUAAUUUGAAAUCAUGGUAAUGUUUUGAGGUUACGUUAACAAAAGUAAUGUUUGAAAGUUUGUUUUUUUCCUUCAUUUCUGGUUUUUCCCUCUAAAGAAAAUCAUGUUUUGUUUGUUGUUUGCCAAGAUGUGGGUUUGCCUUAAUCCUCUCAUGAAAUUUUGAUAAUUUAACAAGUAACAGAUUUUUUAGAUAAUAUUACACCAAUCAAUUCAAGGAUUUGAAUAAUACAUGCAGCUUAUAGUUUAACACUAAUUUGGUAUGAUUUCAUUAAUCCUUAAAGAUUGGACAUUUGUUUGAAACAACUACGAAUCCCUUAGUAAAUGCAAAUAUAAGAUUUAUAAUGCACCAGCGUUGCAAAAAACAGUCAUACAAGCAAUGUUUAGUAAUCUUGUGCAAACAGUAGAGUUACGGGAUUUUAAAGAAAGAUUAGUAUAAUAUAUCUAUGUUGUCAGUCAGAUUUAUUUGGCAUUCAGAUUUUUGUAUAUUUUGUAUCUACUCUCAUGGUGUAAUAUUGUGCAAUAUCUAGAGCUAAAUGUUUAAUUUGGAGUAAUGUUAUAUGUUUAAUUUUACUAAAAAUGUAAAAACGUAUCUUGUACAUAUAUGUGUUGAAGAAACCAAGUUUUGUACAUCAUGCAUGAAUGAAGAUUUUGUCCAUUUAUAAAAUCAUAUUUCAUGCAAAUAAAUAUGCCAAAAUUUAA